AUGCAGCUAAUACGUCGUUUAUCUCCACCGAUAACUAAAAAAAUCGAUAUACAACAGCAUGAUGGAAAGCUAGGCAUUACACUUAAAGGUGGAAUUGGUACUCAAUUUUAUCCAAAUGAUCAUGGUAUCUUUAUUACGAAUACAUGUCGACAACAAACUGGUACACAAUUAGAAAUAGGUGAUCGAUUAUUAGAAAUUGCAUCGACGAAAAAACAAUAUGAUUUACGAUUUGUUACACGCGAACGUGCAAUAAAAUCUAUAGAAUUAGCAUGUAAAGAAAGUCAAAAGGUUACAUUAAGUGUUGGACGUGCCAAACGUAUCAUUCCAGUACAAAAUCAAAAAUCGGAUUCAUGUCUUAAUGAACUUAAUUCUACCGACACGAAAAAUAAAGACAUGAGUAAAGUGCAUGUUGGUACACAAUAUGCGACCACCAAUGGUAUACGAAACGAACGAAAACUAUGUAAUACAAGUGGUAAUUAUUCACAUGAGUUAUUAACAAUACAACAAGGACAAUCAUAUGCUAUCAAAUUGAUUACACCAUCGAUAAAAAUAGAUUUGAUUUAUGAUCAUGAAGACAAUAGAAAUACGUUAAAGGUCAGUAUAGAUCAACAGAAAAACUUAACUAUAACGCCUGAUUUACACAUUCGUCCAAAAAUAUCCUCACCUGUAUUCGUAAGCGAUUUUAUUCAAGAUACAGAUCAACGACAGUUGGAGCUGGAAGAAGCAACUAGACAGAAGCAAAGAUAUCAAGAAAAUUAUAUUAGCUCGGAAGCAUACAAGAAUAAAGAAAGUGAAACAAAUGAUGAUAACGAAAAAUUAAGAAGACGAUAUGAUGAUACUCUUGUAUAA